AUGGCUCUUCAUGUACCAAACGUUCAGAACUAUGUGUCCAUGCUAAAGGAGGGCACGAGGCACUUUGAGGGCCUUGAAGAAGCUGUUUACCGCAACAUAGAAGCCUGUGUGAGUAUAGCUAAAACAACGCGUUCCACCUACGGUCCAUGUGGUCAGAAUAAGAUAGUCAUAAACCAUAUUGGGAAGCAAUUUGUUACCAAUGAUGCCGCUACUAUACUUAGAGAACUUGAAGUUCAACAUCCUGCCGCGAAAAUGUUAAUUCUUGCAACUCAACAACAGGAACAAGAAGCUGGUGAUGGGACAAACUUGGUCUUCCAAUUAGCUGGAGCACUUUUGGAUAACGCUCGAGAUCUUCUUAAGAUGGGUUUAUCUGUUUCGCAAAUUGUUGAGGGUUAUGAAAUGGCCGGGAAGAAAGCUCUUCAGUAUUUGGAUGAUAUUGUUGUUAAGGAGAUAAGCGAUCUGAAAGAUAUCUCGGAAGUCGCCCCUAUUAUUAAGACCUCCUUGAUGAGCAAACAACUAGACAUCAGUGAAUUCCUUUCACAUCUCAUUGCAUCUGCUUGCAUUUCUAUAAUGCCUGAUGAUGGUAAUUUCAACGUUGAUAAUGUCAGAGUUCUGAAAAUUUUGGGUUCCGGUGUGACUAGUUCCACAAUGGUCGAAGGAAUGGUGUUCCGCCGAGAUGUUGAAGGCGAUGUUCACUCCGUAACCCAGUCAAAAAUCGCCAUUUAUUCAUGCCCUCUUGAAGCCUUGCAAACCGAAACUAAGGGCACCGUUUUGCUUCAUACAGCUGAUGAGUUGAAGGAGUUUUCUAAGGGUGAAGAGAACCAAAUGGAAAAGAUAAUCAACAGCAUUGCCGAUGCUGGUGUGAAGGUUAUUGUGUCUGGUGGCAAGAUUGGUGAGCUUGCGCUACAUUACGCUAACAAACGUGGUCUUAUGCUGGUACGUCUUGUAAGCAAGUUCGAUGUGCGUCGCCUUUGUCAAGCCACUGGUGCAACCGUUCUGCCUACGCUUACUGUUCCAUCUUCUGAGGAACUGGGCUUUAUAGAACAGGUUCGCACUGACGAAAUCGCUGAUACAAAUGUUGUAAUUUUUGAGCAAGGCUCAAGCAAGAAGCCUAUGGUCACACUGGUAAUCCGUGGGAGUACCGACAACAUAAUGGAUGAUAUUGAGCGAGCAGUUGACGAUGGUGUGAACACUUACAAGGCCUUGACCCGCUGUAAAAAGGUCGUUGCAGGUGCUGGUGCCUGUGAAAUUGAGCUUGCUCGCAAUCUUCUUUCACUCGCUGACACUAUACCUGGAUUGGAGCAAUACGCCGUCCGUGAGUACGCCCAUGCUUACGAGAUUGUGCCCAAGGCGUUAGCAGAGAACGCCGGUGAAAAGGCAACGGAGAUAAUCGCUCAACUGUACGCCAAUCACCAAGCGGGUCAGAUUCAUUCAGGAUUUGUCACCUCGGAAAAACUAAACCCCUCCAUUUGCGAUGCUAAGGCAGCUAAUGUCCUCGACCUUCAUGGUGCAAAGUAUUGGGCUAUUCGAUUUGCCACCAGCGCUGCAUGCACCGUUCUUCGUGUGGAUCAGAUCAUAAUGGCAAGGCCAGCUGGCGGUCCCAAGCCUCGCGAUCCGCGGGCUCCUGAUGAAGAAGAAAUGUUGGCUGGAUGUCGUCUUAUUGUUAAAGAUGUCCGCAGAGGUUGUAUUAUGCCGUGUACUUGCCAAACCUGUGAAAUGUACGCCGAGGGCGAUAACUCACGACAACCAUCGGACCUCAAUUUCUCAUUAAACGAAUCAGCAGAUGUAGAUGAUGAGGAUACUGGCGCGGUGGAUCCCUCUUUCCUCUCUUUUGUGGAAGAUCAGGCAGAAUCGGGUGGUGGGUCCUUCGCUGCUGAAAACGAUGUCGAAGUGGAAGACCCUACUCCUGAUCUGUACGCAGUCCUGGGUGUCGCCCGUGAUGCCAAUGAGGCCGAGCUAAAGGCGGCGUACAGACGUCUUUCUCGUAUUCUCCAUCCGGAUAAACACACGCGAUCUUCGGCAGCCGCCGAGGCUGCUUUUGGGCGUCUCACGGCCGCUUACAACAUUCUCAGCGAUCCUCACAAGCGAGCAAUUUACGACCAAUACGGCUUUAGGGGUCUGCGUAUCCAAGGCUGGGAGCUGGCUGUAAGGGAUAAGUCAGCGCCAGAAUUGCGUCUUGAGUAUAUCUUGCUGAAGCAGAAAGCAAAAGAAGCGGAAAGUGAGCGUCUACUGCAGCCUACCUCGGAACUAUGUUGUGGAAUCGAUAUGACCGACUUCUUUGAUCGCUACCUCAAGGAACCACCAGAAGAACGCCUGCUCUCACCCGCCCUGUCUGUUUACGACGUCUCUCUCUCUCAGUCGGUAACUGCGCUCCGUACACCUCAUAAUACUGUCAGUCUUGUCGGCCAUGUGACAGCCCACAAUGGAAUCGGUAUUGGUACACUUUUUAGUCUAUGGGUGCAUCGCCUGUCACCCAAAACACCCAUUAUUGGAGCUUCUUCCACUGAGGCGAUCGUCUCUUACGGUCGUGGAGGCUAUGGACUUGGAUCUUCUCUGAAGUUGAAUAAGGAGCUUCAUGAGCGAGUAACAGGGUCUGUGGGUUUGGAGGUCGCCUCAGUGGAUCGUAAUAACAGUGCUGCUUUCAGCCUCAUUCCUGGUUUCUCAUUGGCCACCAACAUCGAGGUAACACCUCGCAUUGUGACCCGGCUGCAGUACAAAUUCAACCUUGGCGGUGGUUUCUCUAGUGAAGUGUUUUGGACUUCAGAGAAGGGUGAGCGCUCCUGCCGAGUGCAAACUCAUCUCCAUCGCGGUACUGCCUCGCUCAAGGUUCACUUUGAAUCUCUUGUCGAUUGGCCCUGGCUGAAUCCCUUACUCAAGCCAUCCACCUCGAGCUGUCAGACGUCCAAAAAGUCCUCUUCUGACUGGGAGGCGAAUCUGGACGAGGAGGAUGAUCUUGUGCUAGAGACAAUACCCCAGAAGGGACGCAUUUCCGCUUCUCUUAGCUGCAACACUUUUGAUCUGUUGGAGUUGCGUGUUGGCGCCAAUUGUGUUCUAUCCGAGCUGUCUAGAGUCUCUAGUGAGAUCGGCAUCAGUUGGCUGCGCGGUUUGAGUAUGAAAUUGGGUCUGCAUCGAGGGGAUCAAUCCUACAUACUGCAACUUAAACUAUCAGACACCUUGGAUCCUGCUGCUUUCAGUUACGGUGUUCUGGUCCCAAGCUUGACCUACUGUCUCAUUCGUAGUCUAGUCUACGAACCAUGGGUUUUGGUACAGUUAAAGAAAGCUCAGGAAAUUCGUCGCCAACGUCUGCGAGAUGAAUUGCGAAAGUUGCGAAACGAGGCCCUGGCGACACAAGCCCUAAUGCAACACACUUCGGCUCGUGUGGCACAAACCGAGAAAGAGUCCAGGGGUCUUGUGAUUGUUUGCGCCCUUUAUGGACAAAUAUCUCCAACAAUGCCGGGAAUUCCUCUUGCUGCUGAUGCGGGUGGGGCUCUAUCGAUUGAUGUGACAGUACCACUGCAGGCGAUGGUUGAGAAUCACCAGAUUCGUUUGCCCCCUGGACGUUGGGCUGAUAUGCAAGGCUUCUACGACCCAUGCGCAGGUCUGGGUCGUGCGGCAUGCCAUGGAAGACGCUCGCUACGUCAGCUCUUUGUCGCCUACACCUUCAAUGGAUUGCCUCACGAGGUGUGUGCUGAUGAGUUGGGAGGUCUGGCGAUCCCCAUGAGCAAGCACCGGGUUGAUGUUUUUUCUGAGCAUUGA